UUCGGUGGUAUGCAUCAUCAGUCAACUCACAGCAUCCAAACAGCUUCAACAGCAAACAGUAACUGCAGCAGAAAGAAACAUCUCUUCUUCAUCCAAAAUGCACAAGAUCAUCGCAGUUCUUGCCUGUCUGGCUGUUAUGGCCAUGGCUAUGCCGUACAACCACCCAGAAUCAAAGGAGGAACAUCAUCCCGCACAGUACAAGUUCGAAUACGGCGUGAAGGAUGAGCUGACCGGCGAUCACAAGACCCAGUGGGAACAGCGGGAAGGCAAGCACGUCAAGGGACAAUACACCCUGGAAGAUUCUGAUGGUGGUCAUCGCCUGGUGGAGUACGAAUCCGAUGCCCAUGGAGGAAUCAACUUCCAUGUUUCCAAGGUUGGAGGUGGUGGCGGACACGGUGGACAUGUCGCUGCUCCAGCUCCGGCUCCUGUUAAGAAACCUGCCAACUUCAAGAAAUCUCACUACUGAGACGUUAUGUCACACAAGCAGCUUUGAAUGCUGCAUUUCAUCGAGCCAAUAGAUGCUAUCCAGAACGAAUCGGUCCACAAGGCAUGAUAAGCUCAUGAAAUGUGAUACGUAGUCAUAGUUUAGGUGAAAAGCAGGAUAGUUAAGUUUCAAUACGUGUUACUGUCGAUCAAUUAAGUGCUGUCCUGUCAAUGGGCUAAGGCUGCUUAGAAACUGUUUUGAUAUCCUAAACAUGUUUGUUUUUCACCUAAUCGUUCUAAAAAAUCAUAGAGAUUUUUAUUUAUUUGGUCGUAAAAAUACUGACUAUAAAGUAUGACAAGAAAAUCAAGAUAUAAUAUAUUAUGAUUGAAACUGCUCAACUACUGAAAGUUUUCAAAUA